AUGAGUACCAGGAUAGUUACCAAAAGUUUAGCAUUGGGAUCUUUGGGUAGGGGAUGCCGAGGAGGUCUUGUUUGGUGUCGUUUUAACUCGUCUGCCCGGUGGGUAUCGAGACAGCAAGCCGAUCACUACACAAAUGAGGCUAAAGUAAAAUCAUUACGUUCUCGAGCAGCUUUUAAGCUGAUGGAGAUAGACCAUCGCUUCAAGAUCUUCAAGGAGAAUAGCGCGCAGAAAGUUUUAGAUCUGGGAUUUGCGCCUGGAGCGUGGUCACAGGUAGCCUAUAGUCGAACGCGUCCGGAUGGACAGGUCAUGGGCGUUGAUAUACUGCCCUGUAUUCCUCCGAAAGGUGUGAGUUCGAUUCAGGCCAACAUUUUGUCUAGUAAAACGCAUGAGUUAGUGCGUCUCUAUUUUUCAAGACAUUAUCAGCUAAAUAUGGAAGAUGACCUGCAUAAAAACCAUGGUUACUUCCAGGAAGCGCUUGAGGCAGAACUCGGGAACACGAAUUUAAGCAAGGAAAAUACACAGCCCCUAAUAAAGUACCCUUUGGAUGUGAUUAUCAGCGAUAUGUAUGAACCGUGGCCUCAAACAACUGGCUUUUGGAACAAUUUUACUAAUGCAGCGUAUCAUAGGAUGGCAAAUACUACAGGUGUUGCAAUAAAAGACCACUAUAUGUCAAUGGACCUUUGUGAUGCAGCUCUGGUGUGUGCGAUUGACUUGCUAAAGCCGGAUGGGUCAUUUGUAUGCAAAUUGUAUACCGGGAAAGAAGACAAUCUCUUAGAAAAGCGGAUGAAGCAGGUAUUUCGCAGCGUACGGCGGUUCAAACCUAAAGCUAGUCGAGAUGAAUCAAAGGAACUUUACUUUGUUGGGUUAAAUAAACGGAAAGAUGUGGAUAAGGUGAAGGUUUUUAGCAUUUAA